AUGAGCUCUACCCCAGAGCCCCCGGCGACCAAAAAACGCGAGUCCCGUGCUGGGGCGCGUAAAGUGACGUCGCUCUCUGCCGAACAACUGGAGAGGAAGCGUGCCAACGAUCGGGAGGCUCAGAGGACCAUUCGGCAACGGACCAAGGAGCAUAUCGAGCGGCUGGAGCACCAAGUGGCCGAGCUGAAGGCCAAGGGAGAACAAUUCGACGAUGUCGUCCGACGGAAUGUCGCCUUGGAACAUGAAAUUCGCGCUCUGAAGCAUCAGCUCGCUGUGGCGAGCAGGCAAGGAUAUCCGGGCAUGGAAGGGUCGUAUAGUAAUGCCUCCGGAUCCAUGCUCCCUGCCUCGCAGUUCGCAGAGCCGAUGGGGAUCAAUCCAGCUUCCAGAGCUCCCUCGGUCCUUUCUACGUCUAGCCGGGUGUCCAUGGGGUCGGAGUGGCCACACUAUGGUCCAACACGGUCCCCGUCAACAUGCGAAUCGAGCGAGACAAAUUAUGGCAGCCGAGCCGAGUCCUACCUUUUCGACAAUCAACUCCAACCGUCUACGGCGAUUUCCGUCGCGCCGCCGCAGGUUAGCUACAGCGCCCCGGUCUGUACUCAGCCUGAGACGGGGUUUCAUUCGUAUGCCCAAGCAUAUCACACCGGAAACGCCAGUCGCGGACCCGCGGAAGAACUUGCACAGCAUCCCCCGCAACCACUCCCAUGCGUACCCGGCCAGCGGCCUAUGUCAGUGCCGGCGAUGCCAAUAGAGAGACCUGGAGGAUAUCCAGUCGUCCAAGCGCCGCAGCAAUAUCAUCAACACACCCUUCCGCCUCAGACAAGGAACGAAUACGGCUAUGGCUGGCCUCCGCAUCAGUCCUGA